CAGACCUCAGAAAAAUUUCCUCUGAAGAGCACAGACCUCAGAAAAAUAGAAAAAGAAAAAAAAUGUCAUCCUCUACCUUCGCUGCCCUUCUCCUCCAUGGCCGCCUCCACUCCCCUUCCCCUCCGUCAAAGCCGCAACCUUUCCUCGCUCUCCCCAGCAACCCUUCCCGACCCCCGGCAUCCGCCUCCGUUUCCACCCGACCCUCCCCGGCACGGCCGCUUCUCCCUCCCGCCGCCGCCGCUUCCGGCGGGGAGCGGGACAACCGCGUGCAGGAGCUGAGGGUGCCUGAUUCCUGGCUGACGCCCGAGGGAGCGGCGCAGGAAUCGGAGUGGCUGAGGGAGACGCUGCACAAGUGGCUGGACGACGAGUACUGCCCGGAGGCGGCGAACGUGGACAUCAGCCGCACGGCGGCGCGGUCGUACCGCGAGUCCCUGGCGGCGGGGCGGUCGGACCUCGGGGAGAUCCUUCUCAAGAUGGCCGGCGACCUCGAGACGCUGUCGUACAGGGACAGCUUCCACGGCGCCUUCUCCGCCGCCAACGCCGCCGUGCGCCUCAUCACGCAGAGGAUGGAGGCAUUGUCCGAAGAUGGCCUGUGAGCUGUAGGUUCUUGCUGUAGUUCUGACCGUAUGGUACUUCUGAAGAACGCUUCCAUCCGUUUUUAAUGUAUGUAAGCAUGUUCCAAAUAUUAUAUGUUUAUUAAGACCAUCAAGAUUAAUUAGCUUACAAGCCUUACAUUAAAUGUUAUAUAGUGUUUAAUAAAAUCAGAGGGUGUACGAAAAUGUUUGAGAA